UUUUAUGAAACACUGUUAUAUUAUGAUCAGAUGACAGUGUUUAAUGAACGAUGUGUGCAGCACCAGGAGGCGCUCGUCAAGGUAUCAUUAUGAUGCAAAUAUGUACGCGGUACACUGUGAUUUGCCAUUUUCUGUACAGUAUCACUUCCGUAGGCUGGACUUCAUCGGAAUGCAGCCGGCCGAAUAUUCCUUAGAGUCUUCCUUUAGUCUGCUAAGAUUCCAGUGAAUAUUAUUAAUCUAUUCCGCAACUAAGCGUGCACCACGCUCAGUUAUCUUUUAAACAUUCGAUCGCUUGUGCAUAAAUACGGAUUCUUCUUACCAUCAUGGAGCCGAUGCUGCGCAAUUAUACCCCGAAAGGGACGGGCAGAAUGCUCGUUCUCUGCAUCACGGAGGCUGUCCUCGGAAUGAUGACAUGCCCCGCCAAUUUCUACGGACUGUUUUACGGUGCACUGCACAGCGGCAACUGGUAUCCCGUAGCGCAGAUCAUCGUCUUCGUCCUGACCCUCCCGCUGUACGGGGCGCAGCUGAUGAUGGCCUACCGUGGCAUCCGCACCUGCCUGCGUCUCCGCGCCGGUCUUCUGGAUUCCAUCGCCUUAUCCCGGAAAAACCUGGACGACGCCAAUAUCGGUCUGGGCAUCAUCCACGGGAUAUACGGUUUCGCGUUGGCUAUAGCCUGGCUCAUUGUUGUGGCUCUGCCCGCCGGCCGACUGAUCCCGGCGAUGAGCGCCUGGAGCGCCACGGUGCAUAUCUUCAAGCAGGAUUUGACGGCACAGCUGGUCAUGAUCGCGUUUAUCAUCCUGACUAUCGCGAGUUUGUGUGUGGCUAUCCGUGCCGGGAAGGAAAGUAUAGUCAUGGGAGAGGAAAUGCACCGGGAGGAGGUGAAGGAGUUGGAGCGCCGGCAGGCGCUAUUGUCCACUGUUGACUCGCCCAAGAAGAUCGUUAAACUGCCGCCUCCGUAUAGAUUCACGACAGCGGAGGGAAGGCGGUGCAGUUGAACACGAUGAAGUUGGUCACCUACACGGUCGCUUGAUGCUGUUUAUGUUGCGACUCACGGUGCCCUUUCUGCUCUCGCAUCGCAUCGAGCAUUUUUUGUAAAAAAUUGUGAAUACCAAUGUA